GACGGGAAGGCGGACGUUCAACUUAUACACCAGUGGAACCUCACCUCUCUCCCCCAACACGCUGAUAACCUUUUCUUUCAUGAACAGUUUCAUAACUUCAUGGGACACAAGAUGCAGUUCUCAACAGUACCAUACUUCCCCUACAUGGACUAUACUCGACACAGUGAAGAGCCGGGCACAAUAGUCACAGUCAAAGACUCUCUUGACGCCAGACUACUCUCUACCUUCUCCACAAAGCUUAAUAUAAGCUUUGAGAUUCGUGAGCAGCCUGAACGUUCCUGGGGCCUACAAAAGGACGGCAGGUUUAGCGGGAUGGUGGGUCAACUCCAGCGAGAAGAAAUAGACGUAUCUGGACCUAUGGCUACAUUAGCAGAGCGCAUCAGAGUCAUGGAGUUCCUCUCUGCGUAUAAGGUUGACGUGAUGAGCAUAGUUUCUCUUAAGCCCACUCCCCUUCCUCAACACCUCUCGCUGAUAAGACCCUUUGCAGGAGAACUGUGGCUAGCGCUGCUGGUGAGUGUCUUUGCCUGGGGAGUGACUUUAUGGAUGCUGCAAGAGGCUUGGUGUUGGGUGUCGGGAGGGAGUGGUGUGAAGAUUGACACCGCACUCCUUUACGGUUGGGGGGCGCUUCUCGAGCAGCCACCACCCGAGCCCUCCAUCAAUAUCUCAGGCCAGGUGUUGGUAGGAUGGUGGCUGGUGUUCUGUCUGGUCAUCACCACAGGGUUUCGUUCGUCACUAAUUGCACACCUGACAGUCCAGGGGAAGUCCCAACCUCCUGAAAACUUCGAGGAUUUGCUGGCUCGGAAUAACUGGAAGUGGGGUAUUGAACCCUGGAUAUUAAAGGGCGGAGUCCUGCUGUAUUUCCUGAGGCACACUGACCCAAUAGUGAAACAAAUAUAUAAGGAAAUGGAGACACUAACAGCGAAAGAGGCGCUUCAGAAGGUGAAGGCGGGGGAUUACUCAUUUCUUACUAUCAAUUUCCACAUAAAAGUCGAAAUUGCUUCCUACUACACUGACAACUUCGGCCAAUCACCUUUCUACAUAAGCAAAAAUGGGCUUGUCCUAAUUGCUGCUUUUGGAUGGGGAUUCAGGAAAGGCGCUCCGUUCUAUCAGCGCUUCAGACAGCUCGUGUUACAGCUAGAAGAUUGUGGUAUUAUACCUUACUGGACAGAAGAGUUACAAGCUCAGCGAGUGAAGGAGAACAGAGCAGCUGCAGCAAUGGAGACUCGGGCAGCUGUUGGAAAUACUCUGCCGGUAGAAGAGAGCAAUGUUAGCAGACCGCGCCAAGAUUGUGUUGCUGUGGCAGAAUGGUAUACCAGCGAAGGAAAUUUCCCUGAAAUCUCAAACCAGUGUGUCCACCGUAUAUAG